AUGACUCAGCCUGCUGCUGCUGUUGCUGCAGCGGCUCCCGCGCAGACGGCGCCAAUCCUUGGCGAGUGUGUGCUCAAACUUUCACGCUCGACCACCUACGAGCCACCACUGUACCUUUUCCCAGAGUUGCUGCCGCCGGUACCACAGGGAACACCGCCGCUGCCAGUGUGGGACGCUGUGGCCGAUGCUGUGGACAUCGCUGCCUCGUCGUGGCGCGUGGCAGAUGCGACGCAGCUGAUUGCGGCUGGCGUGGCAGCAGCCGGCACAAGCGGUAUCAAGCCCAGCACAGGAGUGGAGCGCAGGCCGCAGGCGAUGGUGACGCUGACAUCUAUGAUUGCCGAAAACCGUCUGCUGGCGGCAGGCUUGGAUGCAACGGUGCUGGAGAGAGACGCCUUCUCAUCGGCUGCAAUCAUUACCCACCUGGCCGCGCUUCAGGCACGGAUGGGGCUGAGCGACGAGGAAGGCGCCGCCAUCAUGUCGAACCACUUCAUUAAUCUUCUCGCGUGGCAAAAGCUGCGAGAGCUUAACGGCCCCUCCUUGCACGCCGCUGUGUCUCGUGCCGAGCAAAAGGUGAGCGAUGAGGAGGCGGCAGGGAGUGCCGCCUUUUCGCCCUCCCACGCUGCACCACCCCCGUCUCGGAAGCGCAGUCGCGCUGACCAGGACAAUGACGAGAGAGAUGUGUGGCUCCCGUCGCCACAUCCAUGGGCAACGGAGGCGGAGCUGGCAGCGUCGGACGGCUCUGGGCGAUUUGUGGCGGUGAGCGAGGCGAACGUAGAGCAGCAGGUAGAGCUGCUGCGCACUCUUGCUGAGCUCUACCACCGUCCCUGGCGGACGCUCGCUUCACGAGGUCAGCAGACCGACUUUGUGGUGCCGCCAGGAACGGUGAACGUCACUAGUCCGUUCGCGGACAAUAGCAAGGUGCCAGGGGCCCUUCUAGACCCUGCCACCGCCCUCGGGUGGGGGGCGACCCUCUCCUCAUCACUCAGCACAGACUACUUUGGUGGCGUGCGUGUGGCGCACACCGCCUGCUUCUACGCGGUGGUGCUGUCUGCGGGAACGCCCACUUCAGCCGGGAAGUCCGUUGCCCCCGCUCCCACGCGUCUGCCACUGGACGAACUUACCACCUACUUUGGACGUGAGUCAGGGGUACGAGGAGCGGCUGCUGUUGCCGCGGCAGCGGCUACUCCCAUCGCCGGCGCCUUGGCUCCUUACACUACCCACCCAGAGGUGCUCUCCCGGUUUCAGUUCGCGCUGGUGCUGCGGCCGGUGUACGAACACGCCGCGGAUGCCAAUGAGGUGAGGCGGCCCGACAGCCACUUGCACGUGGGCAAACGAGAGCCAUCGACCGAUGACGAGGCGUCCGAGAGCGAUGCGGACGCGCAUCAAGGGCACGCGGCGGUGCUGCACACAAAGCGACCGCAUCACUACACGCUGUGGCUCGUCAACUACGGUCGCAAUGGUGUGCGCGUAGCUGGACGAGGCUGGGUGCUUAGCGAGCCGCGCCAGCUGCAAGCCGGCGACGUACUCAUUGUAGGAAGUGAAGUGCAGCUACGUGUGGAGGAGCACUUCUCUGCUGCCGCCGCUCGUGCGCCUGUCGUCAGCGACGCGACUCUCAACACCGCUUCGGUGAGCUCAUCGCAAGUGAAGCAGGAGCGGAUCGAGGGGUAG